CCCGCUGCCGCCGGGGACGGACGGACGGGCGGGCGGACGGACGAGCAGCAGAGGCCGGCGAAGCAGUCACUGAGCACCUCGGUUUGCCGGGAGUCACACUGGAAGUGCCUGAUCCUCUCCCUCCUGAUGUACGGCUGCCUGGGGGCCGUGGCCUGGUGUCAGCUCACCCGGGUGACCAAGCUGCGCUUCGACAGCUCCCUGAAGGGCAAGUCCAUGAUCUACCACGACAGCCCGUGCUCCGACGGCUACGUCUACAUCCCGCUGGCCUUCCUGGCCAUGCUGUACGCCGUGUACCUGGUGGAGUGCUGGCACUGCCGCGCCCGCAGUGAGCUGCAGCACAAGGCGGACGUCGACAGCGUCUACGAGCGGAUCGGCCGCAUGCGCCGCGCGGCGCCCUGCAUCUGGUGGAAGGCGGUCAGCUACCACCUGGUGCGGCGCACGCGCCAGGUCACGCGCUACCGCCACGGCGACGCCUACACCAGCACGCAGGUGUACCACGAGCGGGUCAACACGCACGUGGCCGAGGCGGAGUUCGAGUACGCGCGCUGCGGCGUGCGCGACGUCUCCAAGCAGCUGCUGGGCCUCGAGCGGCACCCGGCCACCCGCCUGCGGUUCACCAAGUGCUUCAGCUUCGCCAACACCGAGUCGGAGAACAGCUACCUGAACCAGAGGGCGAGCUUCUUCAGCGAGAUCGAGGGCCUCGACGACUACAUGGAGGCCCGCGAGGGCAUGCAGCUCAGGAACGUCGACUUCAAGGACUCCAUGAUGGUGUACGUCGACCCCGACCGCCCACCCUGGUACAUCUCACCGUACGCCUUCUGGGCGGCCGGCCUGCUCAUGCUGUCCUGGCCGCUGCGGGUCCUGGUCGAGUACCAGACGGCCUACGUCCACUACCACGUGGAGAAGCUCUUCGGCCUGGAUUACUGCGCCGCGACGCCGACCGAGGAGGGCGGCGCGUACUCGCCGCCGGUGCCGCUGGCCCCCGCCCGGCUGGGCACGGUGGACAGCACCGAGCUCGAGUGGCACAUCCGCAGCAACCGGCAGCUCAUCCCCAGCUACUCGGAGGCCGUGCUGAUGGACCUGGCCUCGCUGUCCGUGUGCAACGGCUACUCGGCCUGCGGCGUGGUGCGGGCCGCCGACUGCGACGGCCGCUCCAGCAGCUCCUCCAUCUUCUCCCGCAACGUGUGCCGCAGCCCGUCGCGCUUCUCGCUGGACACCAGCCGCUUCUCGCUGUGCCGCCUGCACGGCUCCUGGCGGGCCGGCCUGUGGCACAGCCGCAGCAGCAACGUCAACGAGCGCUGCCGCGACGACCACUGCCGCUCGUACUCCAGCCAGCUGGCGAUCAGCGAGAGCCCGCCCAACUACCACGACGCCCGCUUCUUCCCGGUGCUGAUCGUCCACCGGCCGUGCCAGGGUCUUGAGGCGGACGGCCGCAGGUACUACAUCCGGAGAAACUCCUGCCUCGAAACAUCUUUGUGA